AUGGAGUCGGCGUCGACGUUGCCUGGCGUAGGAGCUGGCUCUGCUGGACUGGAUGAGGAAGAGUCUGGUGCUUUUUCUGCUGCCAAGGUCGACUCGGUGAUGGUGGCAGCAGCAGACUUGUUUGGAGACACCUCCUUGGUGCUGACCGGGGUGGCUGCCUUUCUUGGAUCGAGCGUGGAGACCGGUUCGUACUUUGGAGAUGCAUCUUUUUCUGGUUCUGUGGUGGUGGUGGUAGCGGCCGGAGUUUCGGCCUUUGGAGCAACCGUUUCUUUCUUGACGUUCUUCAGACUGUUGCUUCUGGAUAAAGGACGGAACUUCUUGGUGAGCGAGUUCGAUCUGGACUUUGGCUCGCUGGCCUUGGUCAACGAGUUCGAACGGCUCUUUUGCUCUUGGUAA